UAUAUAUGCGGCUGUCACAUCUCUGUAAGUUAGGAACAGAAGUUGCAGUCAAGGCUGCAACGAUGGCAGGACAGGGCACCGCAGACUUCCUGGAGUAUGUCGCCGUGGUGAUGGACGCCGGCUCCGCCUACACGAGGGCGGGCUUCUCCGGAGACGAGAGUCCGCGAGCCUUCAUGAGGACCGGCGGCAGCAUGUCAGCCUAUCGACGCCAGGACAGGGGACGCGUAGGCAGUUACCGAGGAAACAACAUCCCAAAUGUUCCUCGCAACACCCCCUGCACCCCUGGACCAAUGGGGGAGGGUUCCGGCCUCUCUCGAUCAAUCAACGAAAUCCCCAGCCUGGUGGCUAGACCAAUGACUGAAGAAGGCCUGUGUCUCAGCAGGCCAAUCAGUGCAGGCCUGGUGAACGACUGGGCGGCACUGGAGCAGCUGAUUGGGUACGUGUUGGAGGAGGAGUUAAGCGUGCGGCCCCGAGACCAUGCCUUCCUGUUCACCGACUACCCCCUGGCCCCGCCCACACAGCGCAGACAUCUUGCCGAGCUCCUCUUCGAGACCUUCGAGUCAGGUGCCUAA